GUCUCUGGGCGUAAUCAGUCGUGUGUAAUCGAGAGCCGGGUGUUAAAAAAAAGGAAGAGGCUCAAAACUUUCUCCAAAUCUUUUGUUGUUGUUUUGUUUUGUACUCUUGAACCAAACAAAGAUUGAUAGGAAGACUUUACACGGAGUUUCCACAGAGUGAACAAUGUGACCCGAGUCCUAACAACGUGGAAGUGGAGCUCGGCCUCCCUGGAGAGAAAAAGAUUGAACUCCUCAAGACAUGAGCAUCAAGCUACAGGACCUCCGGGUGUAAGAGGCGGUCACCAUGGCUACGCAGUUUAGUAUUGAUGAUGCCUUCGUACUGGAGGGAGACGAGGAGGGAGCCGUGUCCGAUGGGGAGACCGAGGGAUGGAAGGGCAAAGACAAGGAAAGAGAAGGAGAGAUGACAUUUGGUCCUCUAACUUUCUCCAAACCUCAGACACACCCCUCGCCUGCUGCUGCCGCUGGCUCCCCUGAACACAGUAAUCUAAAGUAUCAGAAUCUGGAAAAUGAAGACGCCUUGGGCAGCAAUGGCAAUUCCUCUUUCAAUAACUUCUUCAAAAUCAGUGACCCUGCGACUCUGUCUUACUGCAGCUCCCAGUGGUCCUUUAGCACCUUGAGCUCCGUCACACAGCUUUCUGCACACUGCUGCGGGUGGGUGUCUCAUCCGCUGGUGAAGAAAAACAGAAGAGUUGUUCUCGCGUCAUUCCUUCUCCUCAUCACUGGAGUUGCUCUCAUUUUCACGGGUGUUGUCAUACAGCUGAACCCAAAUGCAGGUGUUUCAAGUGCUAUUUUCUUUGUACCUGGAUUUCUUCUCUUCAUCCCUGGAGUGUAUCAUGUGAUAUACAUCAGCUGUGCUGUCCGUGGAAGAAGAGGCUUCAAAUUGUUCUACCUACCUUAUUUUGAAAAAUGACAUUUUAUGAGACACUACAUUUUCACUACAUUUCUUUGUUUUCUAUCUUAAAAUGAAUUGUAUUUUGUCACUUGUAACAAAAAUGUAUUGUCACAUGGUUGUUUUUUCUUGUCAUUGUAAUGACCACUACUAAUUCAACCACUCAGUGCCUCGACUAUGUUUCCACUAUAUGAACUGAAGUUGCUGUGUGUGUACACGAAAAAGAAGGAGAUUGGUCUUGCCUGUGUUUUCUAUGUUGUGUGAAUAAUGACUGUGAAAUUACAAUAAAGCAUUUGUAUAUUUUAA